ACAUCAUUCAUCAUCUCAUGUCGAGCGCCACGCUGAAGUUCGGAGCCUCGUUCAAAAAGGUGGACGGCACUCUGUCGGUCACCUCGACGCACAUCACGUGGAACCCGGCUCCGGCGGGGGCAAUGGACAGGCAGCACCAGGCACUGAACCGAGUGAUAAACAUGCUUGCGAGCAAGGCCGGCUCAGCCCGCACGUCGUUGAAGCUCGUGUUCAAGGACGACAUUCCCGCGGGCGGCCUCCUGUUCACCUUCACGGGACCGAACAAGGACGUGGACCGGCAGGCGGUGCAGGACCGCCUGAUUCCGUACGUGAGCGCGAAUCGCGCACCCGGCGGCACGGCGGCGCCCGCCCCAAACCCCGCCGUGGCGGCGGUAGCGUCCGCGUCCACUCCGACGAGCACCCCCGGCUCCCCCGCCCCCGGAACGCCAGGGACGCCGGCGAGCAUCGCGCGCAAGCGCAAGGCCGACGAAAUGACGCCUGCGGACGCCGAGGCGCGGCGGCGCAUGAACAAGGUCCGCGAGCGCGUGCUCCGCAGCAAUCCUACACUGCAAGUCCUGCACCGUGAGCUUGUGCUCGGCCAAAAGAUCACGGAGGAGGAGUUUUGGGACGGCAAGCAGCGCCAGGCGCUGCUCAAGUCCGAGGAACUGGCGUAUGCGCAGCGGCCGGGCCGGCCCUCGCGCCUGCUUGACGACCGUUAUGAUUUGAGCGGGGACAAGCGCAACGAGACGUUCCGCGGCGGUACCGGUGUAGGCUUGAAGAAAGUCGAGAGCGGGCCGAGCGUCAUCAACCUCACGAAAGAGCUUACGCGGGAAAUCUUCGAGGAGUUCCCGGUCGUACAGGACGCCUACUUCAAGAACGUGCCGCGCAUCAGCGAGAGCGAGUUCUGGACACGCUACUUCUCCAGCACGUUGUGGGAGCGGCAUCGCGCCAGUGUGCGCAAGACAGCGCUGGACGAGGGUUCGCGCCGCAAGGACGACAUCUUCGAUGCCUAUCUCGAGGACCCCGACUGGGAGAUCCAGCCGCGGAAGAAGAUGCCCGACUCAGUCGAGAAGUAUCUCGACCUCGCAGCGACCGAGGAAGAUCACGGCGACUCGAGCACGAUCCGCGACGUGACCAUGCAGGCUGGCAAGGAGCGGUCGAGUCUCCCCCUUAUCCGCCGAUUCAACCAGCACAGCGAGAAGUUGCUGCGCGCCGGGCGCCAAGACCCCAUCUCCCUAACGCCCUCGUCCGAGAUAUAUGAGCAGAUCGACAUGACCGACCUGCAUGCGCCAGCCGCGCCAGCCGUCAUCCCGCUCGAGGUGGUAGACGCGACGACCGACGACAAGGGCGGGCCGCGCGGCAUUCUCCCUGGCCGCGCCGACGCCGACCUGCUUGCAAUGGCUAACGCCGAGGCAGCGCGCAUCGCGUCCUGGGACGCAGACUUCCCCUCUGUCUGCCUUCCUAAUCCCGAGCCGACAAAGGGUGGCCCCGGCCCCGGCACGAAGGAGUACGACGCAUACGCGUACCAGCGCGAUACACAGUUUAUCGCGCAACGCGUCGUGCGCGAUAUGCACAACGCAAGUAAUGCCGAGGACGCCGUCUAUCCCAAUCUGCCCCAGAAGAUAGUGGACGACAUGCGCUCGUGCCAUAACGCAGCAUCUGAGUUUCUACGGCAGUACUGGGCUGCCGUGCUCCCUCCAGCGGCUGGGACGCUCGCGACUAACCAUACACCGGCGAUGCGCGCCGCGCGCGCGGCGAAGAUGGCCAAGUACCUCGAGGGAACGGAGGGUAAGGUCGAGGCCAUUGUGAUGACGGCGCAGAUGGAGAAGGCGGACCCGGCACGCGUACGCGCCGCCUUGGCACCGACGCUCGGCGCUGUUGCCGUCGCGCUCAGGCGCGAGAAGGCACGCGUAGCUAAGGGGUAGCGUCCAUCAGAAUCGGGCGAGUGGGCCGGGAGGAAGAGGGAUCAGGGCAUUUGUGUAUCACAACAUCGAGGAGCAGAUGGUUGAUGUAACUGUAUCAUAAUUCAUG